CUGCUGCGCCGCGCGGGCUGCCUGCGCGCCUGUAAGCGCGGCCUGCCCGUCUUCCAGCUGCGCUACCCGCCGGCGCAGACGCUGCGCGAUUUCCAGCGCCGCCUGCCCUACCAGUACCUGCACUACGCGCUAUUCAAGUCCAAUAAGAUCGAGAAGGCGGUGUCGGCUGCUCACACCUUCCUGCAGAAAAACCCCAAGCACGAGAUGACCCUGAAGUACCUGAACUACUACAGGACGAUGGUGGACGUGGACGAAUACCUCGUGGACCUGGAGGCUCAGCCCUAUGAGCCGAUCUUUGUGCGCUCAGUGAAGCUCUACAACAACGGGGAUUUCCGGAGCAGCGCGGCUGACAUGGAGCAGGCGCUGGCUGAGUACUACAAGGCGUACGAGGACUGCCUGGCUGGCUGCGAGGGCGCCUAUGAGCUGCAGGAGUUCAAGGACUUCUACCCGGCCAUCGCAGGUGGGUGGUUCUUUGUGCGAAGGGAGCGGCUUUGUGCAGCGCCGGGUCCUAGCGCUGCCUGCGUCCCCCCGGUUUGCUCAGGCUCUGGCGUUUGGGAAGAGUAA